AUGUUGUUCUCCCGCUACAUAACCACACCUUCAACUACAACAUCCACGUCGGAUCUUUCACCUCCUUCAGCACCACCGCCUCCCCCACCCCCUCUCAAUAUCCCACCAAGUCGCGCUAGAAGACAAUUGGCGGCGAGGUUGGCGUUGCAUAGUAAACAGAAAAUAGUUAAUGGAGAUAGAGGUGAGGGGGAGGAAAGGGAGGGUAAGGGGAUUAAUCCUUUCCAGGUAGAGGGUGAAGAUGAUGAGGACGAGAACGAAGACGGAAGUAGUGAUGAGGAGGAGAGAGGAUUUGGAAGGAGUGCAUUUGAGGAUAAUUUUGAGGACGCUGAUGGGGUUGGGGUAAGUGUGACGAGGGAAGCGAAGAGGAGGACGAGUUUAGAGGACGAGGAUGAUGACGAUGGGGGGGUGGGGCGGGAGAUGCAGAGGUUGUGCAUCAAAGAUCAGAAGGAAACUACGAGGUUACCGAUGGAGGAGACCGAUGAUGGAGAGGGCGAUGGAGAGUUGGUGCAUAUUCAACACGCGGAGAUGCAGGGCCAGGAGAAUGUUGACACAAAGCUCACCGGGGGUUCCUCGCUUCUACAAAACCCACUGGGAGCUGGGGUAGCAAUUAAUCAAUGUUAUCAUGAUCUCAUUCAUGCCCACCAUGAAUUUCUCUCUCAUCAAUUUCUUUUCAUUAUUCUCUAUAUGCACGGGUUAGCAUCAAAGUUUCCGUUUAAUUGUGCCCGCUGUCUGCGAGCUACGAUACAGCAAAAUGUCGUGUCAAACUUACACAAUGUUUCUCGACGAUUUUCACAAGCGCCGCCACCUCGAAGAGAAGAUAUUAGCAGAGUAGAAACAGGCUCGGAGAAUCAAGCUUCAAUUGAAGCUCAGGUCAUAACUCAAACCCCUGCCAAUGAUGCGGAAAAUAACGCGAUCAAGAAAGAACUAGGAGCGAUGUCUAGGCGUCUUUCCGAAGCUAGCGAAGAUGCUCUCCUAGAAGGCGGUCGAGCCGGACGAAAGGCUGUAGAAGAGGCAGGCUUCUCCGAAGACUUGAAGGCAAGAUUACUCGAAAGAGUAGAAGCCUCGAAGUUCAGGGUUGAGAAUGCCUCAGCCUUCACGGAGGCAAGUCUUACAUCCAAUUUAGGUCGCGGUUCUCGGGAUGUCGCCACAGCACAGGCAUGGACGGGGCAAGAAGCAACUGAAGAUACGGUUCUGCGAAUGUUGGAUGAUGCUAGGAAAUCUCUGAGUCCUGGCUUACGAGGGUCCGGAAGGAUCCCGCCGCCCGUUGUAGAUUUGAGAUUGAAGACACAAGCGAAGCAGAGACCUGGUCAAAGGCUAGCAAAUGCGAAGGAUUCAACCUCAAUGUAUACCAUGUCCAAGGAUAGUCAAAUGAGCGAGGAAGAGAGAGAGCGAAUGAGAAAGGAGCUUAAAGAAAGAUUCGCACCUGAUGCGAGGGCCAUGCCAGAUUCAAUCAGGGGUCUAGCAGCUUUGGCAAACCAGAGAAUCGAAGACGCUAUUGCUCGUGGCCAGUUCAAAGAUAUCCCAAGAGGAAAAGCGAUAGAGCGAGACGCUAGAGCCGACAAUCCAUUUCUUGAUACAACCGAAUACAUUAUGAAUAAGAUGAUACAACGUCAAGAUAUUGUGCCACCAUGGAUAGAGAAACAACAAGAGCUUGUCAAAACUGCAAGUGUUUUCAGGGGUCGAUUACGGAAUGACUGGAAACGCCAUGCUGCAAGAACAAUCUCAAGUCGAGGUGGUACUUUGCAGGAGCAAAUGAGGACGGCAGAAAUAUACGCUCAAUCUGAAGCUAUCCAUAAUCCUAAAAAGCGAGCUGUAGAGCAGUUCUCUGUUCCUACAAAUAUAACAGAUGAUCCAGUUAUGGUGAAAAUUGUACAAGAAGUGCCAACCUCUUCGUCCAAUGGAGAUUCUGUUGUUAAAGUCUUAGUGGAAACAAAAGACGAUGAGAUAAGUGUUGCUAAGGUUACUAAUCUUGAGGCGGAUAGUAGACACCCAACCACGGAACUACCGUCCACAGCACUUCCGCCACCAUUUCGAAUACCAUCCUGGGAAGAAGCCGAACAAUCUUAUCUCAAAUUGGCCAUUGCCGAUUUGAACAGCAGAACCAGAUCGUAUAAUCUCAUGGCGCCAGAUCUUGCGAAGAAGCCUUACUUCUCACUGGAACGUGAACUCAACUCAUGUUAUGCGGACAUCGCACCCCAAUUAGCCGAAGCUAUCGAGGGAAGAGCGACUAGACCUGCCAGGAAGGUAGUGGAGAAGACUGGACAUCGUCAUGGCAGUAUCAUGGAAACGCUCGGAGCGAAUAAUGUCUAUAUAUAUGAUUCCAAGAUACCUCCAUACGGUUUCAAGGAAUUUUGGAAUGAUCUGUUUGGAAAGAAGCAGGUGUGA